AUGGAUGCCGCGCCUUUCAUUGCGAUCUUCAGUGCUUUGGCGGACAUUCACAAACAGAUGGCUAGCCUAGCAAACCACGUUCAAGAUAUUGACAGUCAAGUCGGUCGUCUUGAGACUGCGGUUCGUGGGCCUCGCGCAUCGACUUCACCAGUUUCAGCAGAUGCUAACCAUUGCGACGCUUGCGGCCACUCUUCAGGUUUCUCCAACCUCCACGCGAAUGUGCGUCUAGAAUCACGACAUCAACCAAUGCCAUCUCCUGUCAAAUCUAUCGUGCAAGUCAAGGACGCUUUGGAGGUACAGCUCAGCCCCAUCCAAAGAGACCUUGUGAUGUUUAAUGAUCGUCUGCUUAGGGCUAGGCAACGACUGGCCAGAGUUGAACUUUUGACCUAUCGCCCGCAUCAAGGCCUGUCAGCUCUACCUACGGAUGUCUCUCAGGUAUCUACUGCACACACCAAGGAAAAGACAACCAAGGAAAAGACUGGAGAGUCACAUGAUUCCUGGUCGUACAGAGAGAAGGUUCGGGCGCGACAACUUAUCGCCAGGCGUCCCAAAGCUGAACCAGGAGGUAUUUUUCGAUCGCAUAGCGAGAAGACUAUGUUGCGAUAUCCUCAGCAUCAUCAAGUUCCUCAAUUUACCUUCAAGGGCCCCGAAGCCAAGCCGAGCUGUACUUCAUCGUCACAAGUUCCUCAAUUUACCUUCAGGUGCUCGGUAGCUAAGUCGAGCUGUACUUCAUCGUCAACAGUUCCAGUAUUUACUUUCAAGCGUCUCGAAGCCGAACCGAGCCGUACUUUGUCGCUACAAUUCCCUGGGUUUACCUUCGAGCGUCACGAAGACAAAACAAGCUGUACUUCGUCGUCACAGUUUCCCAAGUUUGCCUUCAAGUGUCCCGAGGCCCAGCCUGACCAAAUAUUCGGACAACCCUCACAGCAUCGACCCGCUCGGCCGUUUCCUAUCAUCAGUGAUCUGGGAACAUCAUUCAUGAAUGACACUGGUGACAGAUCACCUUUCGGUCGUCUUAAUCCAACUGGUUCUCGACGACCAACCUUCGCCAAUUAA